GCAACAUCUAAAUACACAGGUCGAGUUUGGCGUAGUGUCCUCCAGUCCAGCGGCGGCGCUUGACCAAUGCAUCGCAAACCACAGAGCCGACGACGAUGUCAAAACAGGCAGAAGAAGAAACAGUUAGCAAUGGCGGUGAUUUGGCUGCGAAAAUAAACAAUCCAUAUUGUAAUUUCAUGCUGUCGGGAUUAUCGUAUCAAGCCUAAUGUCAUAGCUAGUCGUGUAAGGUUUAACUAUCGCAGAUAAAAAAAAUCUUUCUCUCUGUUUGUGUGAUUGGAAGGAGUCACAUCAGUGUGAUACACAGUUAGCAGGAGCUGAACGAGCAGCCGUCAUCUCAUUGUUGAGCACAGUAUUAACGUGGACUUCUGUGUACCCUGGCGUCGUUUUCUGACCAUUAACGAUGCCGCUGGGUUUGAAACCAUGCUGUGCUGUCUGCAAGACGAACUCGUCCUCGAUGUGGAAGAAAGGAAACCAGGGAGAGAUCCUCUGCAACAACUGCACAGGAAAGAGCAGCUGCGGAACAUCAGGACCCUCCGUGUCCUCCAACACUCAGCCCAGCAAUGGCGGGGGAAAGCAGUCCAAGCAGGAGAUCCACAGGAGGUCUGCACGGCUGAGAAGCACCAAGUACAAAGCUCCGGCAUCUGAGAAGAAGGUGUCAACAAAAGGAAAGGGAAGAAGACACAUAUUCAAACUCAAAAAUCCAAUCAAAGCACCAGAAUCUGUUGCAACAAUCAUCACAUCUGAAUCAGUAUUUUAUAAGGGUGUAUACUACCAGACAGGAGAUGUGAUCAAGGUAACAGAUGAGGAAGACGGGAAGUCUUACUAUGCCCAGAUUCGAGGCUUUGUGCAGGACCAGUACUGUGAAAAGAGUGCUGCACUGACCUGGUUAAUCCCGACACAGGCUAGCCCAAAGGACCAGUUUGAUCCUGGGACAUACAUUGUUGGUCCAGAAGAGGAUCUGCCCAGAAAGAUGGAGUACCUGGAGUUUGUGUGUCAUGCCCCCUCUGAAUAUUUCAAGUCGCAGAGCUCUCCGUUCCCCACCAUCCCCAUCCGACCAGAAAAAGGCUACAUCUGGACCCACAUAGGACCCACUCCUGCCCUCACUGUCAAAGAGUCUGUCAGUGGCAGCAGUUAAAAAAACUGUGAGAUGGACUUGGUCUGUUGCUUUUUAAACAGACAUAUGUACAUUUAUGUUAUAUAAAGAAAACAAAAAAAAUGGUUAACUUCAACCAUUACUUCAGAUUGAAGGCGAGUUGUAAGUAGAUACAAAGGAAACCAGGAAACUAAAUUUCAAACAAGAUGCCAACUUUUGUAUUUAGUUAUACACAAAAAAAAGCUCUUUUCCACCAUUCUUUUCGUCUGUGAUUGUUUAAGAAAUGGUAUUUAUUGAGUUGCUGGUAGUCAAUAGGCUAACUUGACUUUUUACAUCGUUAUCCCCUUUUAAUUUAAUUUUCUUUUUUGUGAAGUAAGCUGUAAAUAUAAUUAUGGCAACAAAAAGUUAGGUGAUCAAAGCAGUGAAGAACUGCAGUUGUCCUGAGUGUUACAAGUGCUUAGUGUCAGAGCACGAGAUACUGCAGUAUAAAGAUGUGAUGCAUUUGUCAUUCCAGCUUCCUCGUGAUGUUCACCUCAUUUACAGCUGAGUUGUAUGAUGAUGUUCUACAGUAGUGUCUGUGUUCUUAAAAAGACCAUUCUGCAAUGUAGGAAACUGGUGGUCAAGACAGCCCUUUCACCUGAAUACAGCCUCGAGAUU